AUGCGAUGUCGAAAGAAUAAAAGCACAAACUUCGAACUUGGUGCUAUCACAGUGGACCCCGGCUCGACAGCGUAUAAUCCGCGACCACUGAUCGAGUACUGCAGAUCGCUGAAUAUUGACUAUUUCUACGAAGAGCAGGACAUAAUCGGAGCAGCAAGAAAGCUUAACACCGUACGAUCCAUCUGUGCCUUCUGCAGUCGUAUGAAACGAGGUCGACUAGCUGCAGCAGCUCAACUUCACGGUUGGAACGUGCUGGCAAUGGGCCAACAUCUGGAUGACGUCGCUGAAAGGUUUCGUGGCUGCCACAUUUUGAGAUGA